AUAAAUCUACUUACAGCUCCUUCAAGCUAUUCUUAGCUUCCCGUGAUGAUGCCUAGAGGAACAAUACAUGUGAACACCAUCCCACGUGACGAAAUCACAAAAGAUACCACAUCCAAGACACUCUAUCAGCAGGCAACAGAUCCGCACGAGGAUAUAUUAAAAGGUCCCUCACGGCACCCUCACACUUCCUUAUGACUUACAACAGUGGCAACAAUAAAAACACCCAUAUAACGACGAAAAUGCUACUCUCACAUCAUCUCUCUCUUCUUUUCUUGCCAACUUUCUCGAAAAUGCCAUCCUACUUCCUACCAUACCCAAAGAAUAAACAACACCACAGACCACCUCCCCUAGCAACCUUGAACCCUUAUCCUCAUCCGCACCCAGAUCCUCCUUCCAGCCCUCCCUCGCCCUUGAACCUUUCUUCCUCACUUCCCUCUCCUACGUCUUCUUCAGGCUCCUCGACCAUAAAACCUCGCAAAAAGCCUUCCAAACAUGUGCAUUGGAAACAAGAUUAUCACCCUAGUGUGUUGGAGUUGAAGAUUGUGUGUGGAGAUCCUGAGGAUUCGAGUUUGGUGGUUGUGUUUGGGUUGAGGUUUAGGGAGGGGAGGAGACCAAAGGUUAGGUUUAGUGUUAGGAGAGGGCAUGGGAGGACUAGGGAGUUGGGGGAUAGGGUGAUGGAAGGUGCGGAUGAGGGGAAAGGUGGUAGAGAUGGCGUGGCAGAGGAUGAGAAAAGGCAUGAUGAAGAUCAAGAAGAGAUCAGGGAAAAAAGAGGAAGGAAGAGAAGACGAGAACACAGAAGCUCGAGUUGAGUCGAUGUGUGUCCGAGAAACAGGUAAGCAUUAAG